AUGUUGACACAAUCUUUGGAGGCCGUUCAUGAACGGAUUGACCAAUUAGCAAGUGGCCAAAGUCGCUCCAAAUCUGUUCGGGGAAAAACUCCGUUACAUGAAGCGUAUGACUCGAAUAGUGACGAGGAGGAAGUUGUUCGAUGCCCCCGAUAUGAUGCCAAGAGGACCGAUGACUCGUUCAAGGGAGUAAAGAUCAAAAUACCUUCCUUUCAAGGUAAAUCAGACCCAGAGGAGUACUUGGAGUGGGAACACCGCCUUGAGAUGGUAUUUGACUGCCAAAGUUACACAGAGGAAGAAAAGGUUAAGCUUGCUAUCCUUGAAUUCACUGAUUACGCAAUUGUAUGGUGGGAGCAAGACAAGACUAGCCGUAGGAGGAAUAGAGAGAGGCAAAUUGGUUCUUGGGAUGAGUUGAAGGCCGUCAUGAGGAAGAGAUUCAUGCCCAGCCACUACUACCGCGAUCUCUAUCAAAAGUUGCAAACCCUCACCCAAGGCAACCGGAGCGUCGAUGAUUAUUACAAGGAGCUUGAAAUUAUUAUGCUUCAUGCGGACAUUGUUGAGGAUCGUGAGACAACCAUGGCCCGGUUUCUUAGUGGGUUGAGACCCGAGAUAGCCGAAGUGGUGAAGCUACAGACUUAUAUGGAUCUUCGUGAGCCAGUGGACAAAGCUUCAAAGGUGGAACACCGCCUCAAAAGGAGGGGUCCUACACGACCCACUAACACACUGGGUGGAUCAAAUUGGAGGUCUUAUGGCCUUAGGAAAGAGGAGAAACCGACUACGGGAGUCUUCAGUGGAGCCCAACGAAAUGAAGCCAAGCCCGAAGGCUUCAAAAGGGACCCCAAAGCGGUGCAUGAUAUUUCUAAGAUCCGUAACCAUGAGACCAAAUGCUUCAAAUGCCAAGGGUUUGGUCACAUUGCAUCUCAGUGUCCAAACCGACGAACCAUGAUCUUGCUUGACAAUGGGGAGGUGGUUAUGGAUGACGAAGGGGAUGACCAUGAAGGAAUGCCUUCCUUAGUGGAAAAUGUGACGCCCCGAAAAGUGUGUAGUCUCAUUAUUGACCCCGGGAGUUGCACAAAUGUGGCAAGUGUGACACUAGUGGAGAAGGCCGCCCUUCUCACAAUCAAACAUCCUCACUCUUAUAGGCUUCAGUGGUUGAAUGACAGUGGGGAUGUGCGGGUCACGAAGCAAGUCGUGAUCCCUUUCCGCAUUGGUCGCUAUGAGGAUGAAGUCCUCUGUGAUGUAGUGCCAAUGCAAGCUACACAUGUGCUAUUGGGGAGACCAUGGCAAUAUGACAAAAGAACUAGUCAUGAUGGUUUCACCAAUAAGUACUCAUUCAUACACGACAACAGGAAGGUUACACUUGUUCCUCUCACUCCUAAACAAGUGCAUGAGGACCAAAUGUGGCUACAUCAAGAAAGUGAAGAGCAAAGGAGGAUGAAAGGAAUCGAGAAGAGGGAAGGCAAAAUGGCCUUAAAUGAGUCGGCCCUAGAGCAAAAAGUCGAGAGGAAGCAAAGUAUGUUUGCGAAAGCUAGGGAAGUAAAAAGGGCUUUACUUUCUCACCAACCUUUGCUUAUGUUAGUAUGUAAAGAGGUAAUGCUCGCUUCUAAUGACUCUACUAACUCCUUACACCCUCGUAUGCGAUCAUUGUUGCAGGAAUUUGAAGAUGUGUUUCCCGAGGAGAUCCCGGACGGGCUACCUCCCAUCCGUGGAAUUGAACACCAAAUAGACCUCGUUCCAGGUGCACCGUUGCCCAAUAAAGCCACAUAUCGCAUGAGUCCCGAAGAAACAAAGGAACUGCAAAGGCAAGUGGAUGAAUUACUCAAGAAAGGUUGGGCGCGUGAGAGCUUAAGUCCUUGUGCCGUCCCCGUUAUCUUGGUGCCAAAGAAGGAUGGAAGCUCACGCAUGUGUGUAGAUUGCAGAGCCAUUAAUUCGAUAAUGGUAAAGUAUCGUCAUCCUAUACCUAGGUUAGAUGACAUGCUAGAUGAACUAAAUGGAGCUGUGAUUUUCACGAAAAUUGAUUUAAAGAGUGGAUACCACCAAAUUCGAAUGAAAGAGGGUGAUGAAUGGAAAACGGCCUUUAAGACUACUUAUGGAUUGUAUGAAUGGCUAGUCAUGCCCUUUGGUCUAUCUAAUGCCCCUAGCACAUUCAUGAGGCUAAUGAAUCAUGUGUUACGCCCUUUUCUUGGUAAAUUUGUGGUAGUCUAUUUUGAUGAUAUCUUGGUCUAUAGUCGCGAUCUUAAUGAGCAUAUGGAACAUUUACGAGCUGUUUUAAAUGCUUUACGCCAAGCCAGCUUGUUUGCUAAUUUGAAAAAGUGUUCCUUUUGCACUAAUCAAUUGGUCUUCCUAGGAUACGUCAUUAGUGCACAGGGAAUACAGGUAGAUGAAAGCAAGGCUAAAGCCAUUCAAGAGUGGCCUACACCAAAGACGGUGAGCGAAGUAAGGAGCUUUCAUGGAUUAGCUAGCUUCUAUCGGAGGUUUGUGCGAGACUUCAGCACAAUUGCCGUCCCCUUGACUGCCGUAUUGGCAUUGGAGCUGUGUUGA